GGAGGGAACGCCGGAGCACACUAAUUGGGGAGGCGUCGGCCACCCCAGCCUUGCUGACAGCCCCUCUCCCCGGGCUCCCCGCCGCUUCUGACCCCGCCCCUCCGGAGGCCACGCCCCUAGGCCGACGUCAGUUGUUAUGUCUUGACUGGGGCCGCGGCUGCAACGGGUCCAGUGCUCCGGGGGCGACGGCGGCGGGCCGUGGAGGCGGCGGGGCCGGCGGGCGCGGUUGGCGCCGCGCGGCGACACAGCUGACGGGAAGCCGCCGGGAGGGCCGCGGCGGGGCCUAGCGUUGUCUGCUCGGUGCUCCUCUCCCCCUCCCUUCUCGACGGUCGCCGCGCGCUCGGGGUCCCUCUCAGCGGGAGCCGCCGCGACGCCCCCUCGCGGGCCGCGGGCCUGAGAGGCGCCGCCCGCGGGAACCUGGAGCCGCCGCCGCCGGGCCUGGGCGGCCGCCGGGGCCUCCAGCCUGGGCGCUCGGCGCUGCGGCGGCCGCUCCUCCCGGGCGCGCCGGGCCCCGGGCCUGGCCCAGCCAAGCACCGCGCCCUCCCGGCCGCGGCCGCGCAGCCCGGCCCCAACCGCCCCCCGCCGGCCCGCAGCGCCGCGGAGCCGCCGCCGCCGCCGCGGGCCCCGCCGCCCGGGUCCCUCCGGGCUGGCGCCUGGCCGCCGCCGCCGCCCGCCGCUCGAUGGGUGCGGUGCUGCUGAGCGUCCCCCCGUCUCCCUUUCUCGGCUCUUGACCGCAAGGCCGGAGCCCGGGCCUGCCGGCCCCCUCGGCCGCACGCGCGCGCCGUCCACCUGCCUCCCCGCAGGGAUGGCCCGCCGGUGACCGCCGCCGCCGCGCGCCCCAGCUGCCCUCGCCCAGGCUGCGCCGCGUCGCCCCGCACGCGACCCCCUCCGCUUGUCCGCGGCGUCCCGGCGACGCCAAGAGGCCGAAGAUGUGGCUGAAGCUGUUUUUCUUGCUCCUGUAUUUCCUGGUCCUGUUCGUCCUGGCCAGGUUUUUUGAGGCCAUCGUGUGGUAUGAGACUGGCAUCUUUGCCACUCAGCUGGUGGAUCCUGUGGCACUGAGCUUCAAGAAGCUGAAGACCAUUCUGGAGUGUCGAGGGCUGGGCUACUCCGGGCUGCCCGAGAAGAAGGAUGUUCGGGAGCUGGUGGAGAAGUCAGGUGACUUGAUGGAAGGUGAACUCUAUUCUGCUCUCAAAGAAGAAGAGGCAUCUGAGUCUGUUUCUAGUACCAAUUUCAGUGGUGAAAUGCAUUUCUAUGAGCUUGUGGAAGACACAAAAGAUGGCAUCUGGCUUGUCCAGGUCAUAGCAAAUGACAGAAGCCCUUUGGUGGGUAAAAUCCACUGGGAGAAAAUGGUUAAAAAAGUGUCAAGAUUUGGAAUACGAACAGGCACUUUCAACUGCUCCAGUGAUCCCAGUGUUCUCUUCCAGAUGGUUGUGGAUAACAUCACUGUUCCCACCUAUAGCUCAGACAGCUUCGAACUCAUAGACCCCUCCCUCAGGCAAGGGCUCGGGUUACAGGCAUGCGGUACUGCUCUCAUACUUCUGACCUUCAGUUUGCAUUUCAUUAGUCACUUUCCGUCUGUUCCACAACUGUCUUUAGACAUGCUCUUCUACCUAAUGUCAGUCAUAUUUAUCAUUUUAUCUAAUCAAAUAUGUCCUUUCUACCUUUUUUUUUUCUAAAGAAGGCUUUGUUGGCCACUCUUUAUUUAAAAAGGUGUAUUUAUUAUUUAUACAACAUUCUGCCUGCACACCAGAUCUUACUAUAGAUGGUUAUGAGCCACCAUGUGGUUCCUGGGGAUUGAACUCAGGGCCUUUGGAAGAACAGCAAGUGUUCUUAACCUCUGAGCCAUCUCUCUAACUCCCACUUCCUACUUUUUCUACCCUCUCACUAUUUUAUUUUUUUUCACUUUUUUUUUUUUUUUUUAGUUUUUGAUUUGUUACUGUCUUCAGUAUUCAACCUAUUACAUUAUUUUUUGUCUUGUUCCACUUUUUAAUUAAAAAUUUAGGUUAUAUGCCUAUGUGUAUAGAGGAGUUAUAUGCAUAUGUAAGUGCAGGUACCUUUGGAGUUCAGAAGAUGAUAGAGGAGCGCUUGGGUCUGGAGUCAUAGGCAGCCAUGAGCCAUGUAGUAUGGAUGCUGGUUAAAAAAAAAAAAAAAUCAACAUUUUUAUAUAGCCAAAAGAACUGACAGAUAAGUUGGGCAAAGUGGUAUGGGCAUGUAUUCCCAAUGGAAGGCAGAAUGGUAGGAUCUCAAGUUCUGACCCAACCUACAUAGUGAAACACUGUCACAAAACAAAACCCUGAAGAAUGUUUGUUGUUUGUUUGUUUGUUUUGUCCAGGAGUGGUAUAGCUGGAUCUUGAUGUAGCACUAUUCCUAAUUUUCUAAGAAAGCACCAGAUUGAUUUCCAAAGUGGUUGUACAAGUUUACAUUCCCACCAGCAAUGGAGGAGGGUUCCCCUUUCUCCACAUCCUCUCCAGCGUGUGUUGUCACUUGAGUUUUUGAUCUUAGCCAUUCUGAUGGGAGUAAGGUUUAAUCUCAGGGUCAUUUUGAUUGGCAUUUCCCUGAUGACUAAGGACGUUGAGCAUUUGCUCAGCCAUUCAACAAGGACAUUUAAUCAACUAUGUUCAUAGCAGCUUUAUUUGUAAUAGCCAGAAUCUGGAAACAACCUAGAUGUCCCUCAACUAAGGAAUGGACACAGAAAUUGUGGUAUGUUUACACAAUGGAAUGCUAUUCAGCAAUUAAAAACAAGGAAAUCAUGAAAUUUUGCAGGCAAAUGGAUGGAACUAAAAAAGAUCAUUCUGAGUGAGGUAACUCAGAAGCAGAAAGACACACACGGUAUAUACUCACUUAUAAGUGGAUAUUAGCCAUAUAAUAUAAGAUAAACAUACUAAAUUCAAUAGCUAAACAACAAGGAGGACUCUAGGGAAGAUGCUUAAUCAUCAUUCAGAAAGGCAAACAGUAUAGACAUUGGAAGCAGAAGAAAAGAGGGAACAGCACAGGAACCUACCACAGAGGACCUCUGAAAGACUCUCCCCAGCAGGGGAUCAAAGCAAAUGCUGAGACUCACAGUCAAACUUUGGGCAGAGUGCAGGAAUCUUGUGGAAGAAGGGGAGAUAGACUGACCUAAAUGGGACAGGAGCUCCACAAGGAGACCAACAGAACCAAAAAUUCUGGGCCCAUCUGCAGAGACUGAUGAACAAACCAAGGACUUGGAGAGGACCUAGACCCCCUACUUGGAUGUAGAUCAUAGGUAGCUCAGUCUCCAUGUGGGUCUCCUAGUAAGGGGAGCAGGGACUGUAUCUGACAUGGAUUCAGUGGCCGACUCUUUGAUCACCCUCCCCUGGUGGGGCAACCUUGCCAGGUUGCAGAGGAAGAGGAUGCAGUCAGUCCUGAGGAGACCUGAUAGGCUACAGUGAGAUAGUAGGGGCAAAGGACCUCCCCUAUCAGUGGACUAGAGGAAGGAGUAUAGGGGGAGAUGAGGGAGGGAGGAUGGGACUGGGACAAGAUGAGAGAGGGGCCAACAGCGGAGAUACAAAGUGAAUGAAUUGUAAUAAAUAAUAAAUCAAUAAAAAAAGAAAAAAAAUGUUCUUUUUGAAUUGGCAGUAAAAGGUUUUAUACUGAUGCAUGGUUAUAUGCAAUUCUUAAAAACAAUAUAUGCAUGUAGUCUUGUCUUUGUGAGGAUACUUUUAGAUUAGUAUUUAGAAAAAUGUAUGUUUGUAACCAGGUGUUUGUAAGUAUUAGGAUGUUUUUUCCAAACCUGGAAAACAUGAUUUAAUUUGAAAAUUAUAGCAUAGGGAAUUUUCUUUUGUUGGGUAGUUUCAAGUUCUUUUUAAAAUGACAAGACUUAAAAAAUAUCAGUUCUGAACUGAAGAGAAAAUAUAAAAGGAGGAAAUGAAUGCAUUAAAACUUCGCUUGUUUUACAAGCAAGAUUUUUUUUUUUUUUUGUCAUAAGGAUUGUUAUUUGAUUUCUGACACAAGUGAGAAGCCAAUGUAGUUAAAGGAGAGAAGAUAAGGGAAUGACCAAGAGUAGAGAUGUGGGGCUGGGCAAAUGUUUCACCAAUUGAGAACAUUCUUUGCUCUUGCAAAGGACCUGGGGUCAGUUUCCAGCACUUAGCCAGCUUGCAGCUGUCUGUCUCUAGCUCCAGAGCUCUGAGGGAAGCUGCACACAUGUGAUGCACAUUAAGUCACAUAAGCAUGCACACUACAUAUAAAAAUAAAUACAGAUUUUAAUGAGUAGAAAUGUGACAUCACAAUUAUCUUGCAAUUAAGCCAUUAAAGUUCCUUAGAUAAGAUCUGGAGGAGGCCAUCGUUUAUGUAUUUCAUCUACUGUUUGGUUUUGGCAAAGGCAAAAACGGGAUUCAUAUCAUUGAAUUAUUUUUCAUUGAAUACAUAUAUUGUUAAGGGUUGGAAAUACUUAAUUUUUAAGGCUUGUUUCUAUUCAAACCAUUUUAUGUUAAUGGAAUUUGUGCUGUUAAAGGAUUGAAUCAAUGCAGUAAGAAGUUGAAAGUCAGGAGCUUAUGGUUCAAAGUCACUGUGAUAGCUAGCUUCCCAGAGUCCUCAACAACCUGCUCUUUGAAAGACCGUAUACCAUCUUCAUGUAUCUGAAAUUAUACGACAGUAUUUCUGAGACAAGUUAGUCAUGCUACAAUUGUAAAACAUGCCACAUAUUAGCCUUUCCUCAAUGGAUCUUAUGAAUGUGUAACAUACUUAUCUCGCCCUAAUAAAAUAUGAAAGUGCUUA